AUGGUUAGGGAGCGGUCGGAUUGGGAGAGCUACCGCGAGCGAAUGUUGAAGCGUAUUAACGAGUUCGAGAAGUCCAAAGCCGCUUUUGAUGAGGAGAAGGCAAAGUUCGAUGCUGACAAGAAAGCGGCGGAAUGGGGGCGUGAGGGCCUGAAAAACAAAAUUCAAGCUGCUGAACAGCAACUGGCUAAGGAGAAAGCCGAGUUCAAGCGCAUAUGCGAGAAGGACAAUGAACGCGCGUUCGCGGCUCUUAACAAGAUUGUUGAUCUUGAAGCCAAGGUUGUUGAGCUGACUGCGAAGGUCGAGGAUGCGCAAGCUGCACAGGCUGCUAAGGGGCAAAUUCAGUGCCUGUACAACCCUGCUGACUACCUUGAUGUGCCUAUGGGUUUUAACCCACUUGGACCAGAAGACCAUUUUCCUGGUGGCAAUGCGAUGGAUGUCGAUGAAGAUACCGAUCCCUCAAUGCCACCAUCUGGAACUCCGAACCACCCUAUCGAGAUUUCUGAUGGGUCACCUUUUGUGGGAUCACCAUACAAUGGUCCCGACAGCUUUGAGGAGAGAUUCAGGCAGUAUGACUGGGUAUUUACCCCUAGUUACCAUAACUCUCCCCUGCACCAGCCGCAACACAGCUCUCCUUUGCACCCCCAGCAACAGCCUCAACAGCAGCCACAGCAGCAGCAGAAUCCUUCUGAGGAUUCCCGACUUGUCGCGGUCACUCCACCGCCGCCACCACCUCCGGUUUUGCCUCCCCCGCCUCCGAGGCGAAGACGUACAAACGCACGGAUUUCCGCACGAGGGGGAGUGCGCAUCAGCACCCCUCCACAUUCAGGUGGCAGCCGAUACUCGCCACUUCACGAAGAACCAGAGAUGGGAGAAUCUUCACAUCCCGUCUCAGAAGUAACUUCUGCACCAAUCGCGAAACCACCACCACAGGAUUUCGGAGACCCAAUCCCUGCUUAUACUAGCGCGGCAGCAUACAAUCCCUUCGAGCAGACGAUCCACACAGGUUAUAACUUUACAGAGGAUCCCUACUGGGUAGCUGCGAACUACAACUCUCUCCAUCCGGAAGGUACUUUUGGAGGUCCCUGGGCUACGAGACAAUCGACCUAUGGAUACCCAUCAUAUGGAUAUCAGCAGCCGCAGCCUCCUCAACCACCGCAUUAUCCGCUACCACCGCAGGCACCGAUGAUGUCGCCGCCACAAGUUCAAGAAAUCCUUCAAGGGAUAAAUGAAGUGCGACGAGAGAUGCGGCAUGAAUUACGGGAAGAUCGUCGGCAUAAUCGUGGGAUGUUUAAGAAAAUGGUGGAUUUAAUCAAGGGAAAAAGCAAGGACUACUAA